AUGUCAUAUAGAGUAUUUUGUUUUUUUAGAGUCCCAACACACAAUAUCUUUGUAAGGGUUGGCACAAACAAACGCACUUCUGGUGGGAACUGGUACGGCGUACAUUCCAUCGUCAUUCACGAGAAUUUCAAUGCAAAUACAUUGAAGAAUGACAUCUCACUUCUAAAGAUUUUUAGUUCUAUAGAGUUUGAUACUAACAUUCAACCAAUAAAGCUACCAACGAGUAAUAUAGGCCCUGGAGUAAUGUGCAAACUUACGGGAUGGGGUAAGACUGAUUCACAGGCAGCUCCUGAAAACCUUCAAGUGGUCUAUAAUUUAACUACAAUAUCUGUGGAAGAGUGCAAUAACAGGCUUGAUAACGUGUCUGAGAAAUUUCUUCCAAUCAUUGACAAACAGCUUUGCACAUUAAAUAAGGAAGGAAUGGGCUCGUGUCAAGGAGACUCUGGUGGACCCCUCAUUAGUGAUGGUGUACAAGUUGGCAUCGUCUCUUGGGGUGUUCCUUGUGCCAAGGGGAGACCUGAUGUUUUAACAAGAGUAUACUAUUACGUGGAAUGGAUAAAUAAUUACAUUUCAAAUGAAUAG